AUGCACCUGCAUUUGAAGAUUGUUGCUCCUAAUAUCUAUCUUUCCUGUCUGCACAGGUCUGCAUUGGAUGGGCUCAUGAGAAUAGCCAGGAAUGAGGGGCCUGGCGUGCUCUGGCGAGGCACAGAUCUGUCACUACUUGUGGCCGUUCCCAUGGUGGCCAUGUACUUCCCGCUCUAUGACUCCCUCUUGCAGCGCUGCCAGAACGCAGGCAUGGAAGCUGCGCCCUUUGUGGCAGGGGCAGUGGCGCGGACAGCAACAGCAUUUGUGAUUCAGCCCCUGGAGCUGUUCCGAGUGCGCGUGCAAGGCGGCCCUGGCGCAGCCGCGAACACAUCCUAUCCCCAGCAGCUUGCGCAAGUUUUGCGGCAGAUACACAGCGAGGGCCAGGGCAAGGGACUGCUGAAGCUGCGGGGGCUGUGGCGAGGCAUGGGCGUGACUCUGGCCAAGGACGUGCCCUUUGCAGCCGGGUACUGGACGCUCAUGGAACCAAUGCGAGCGCUGCUGCUGCAGAACACAAGCCAGGAGGCGCCACCUCGCAGUCAGUGGGCUUUGCAGGUGUUCUUUGCGAAUGCUACAGCGGGCUUUGCCGCGGCGGCAGUGGCAGCGGGUGUGACGACGCCCCUCGACGUGGCCAAGACUCAUGUGCAGACGGCGCCGAUGCCCAAGGGCAUGGCGCAGUCUCUUCGGGAGAUUACGGCACGUGGCGGCAUGCGCGCUCUUUUCACUGGCGCAGGACCGCGCAGUGUGCGCGCCGGCUGCGCAUACGCGAUCCUCAUGUCCUCCUAUGAGGCCUUCAAGUCGAUGGAGCUCCGGGCCCACCUCCGCCCGCAGCAUCAGUCGGAGCUCUAG